UUUAAACUGUACUUAAAUAGAUAAAUAAUUUGGGGCCCUCUCCCAGAAAAUUUUGAUAAUGCGAUUAAUGUCAAUAUUUGUUAAAAUCAAAUGACAGCCCUUGCAUGAAACAUGUAAGUAUUUUAUCUAAAAUGAGAGAGAGGGAGAGGUGUUCUCACUGUCAACUCUUAUUCACUCUAGGUAAAAAAAAAAAAUGGACGACCCUGUAACUGAGCAGGAACCGGAGAUUGAGAAAUGGACGAAGGAGGAGGUGUGUCAGUGGUUGACAACUCGGGUCAAAGUCAGCCCGACUGUCACUCACAGGUUCUUUGAGGGAGAGGUAUUAGGAGAGUAUAUCAAGUACUUUGACAAGGGCGACAUUUUGGAUCUGACCAAAGAACACGGCACUGCUGUUAAAGUUACAGCACACCUGGAACUGUUGAAGCAAGGCCGCACCUUUCAGUCUCCGUUUCCAGAGUACGUGGAGCGAUGGAGCAGGGAGCAGGUCUACCAGUGGAUAACAGAGCACGCACAGAUAGAUGGCAAACACGCAGAUCAGCUCCUAGAGGGACACGUCUCUGGGGACUGUCUGGUGUGUUUCCAGAAGCAGGACUUUCUAGACCUAAAAGUACCCACUGGUCCUGCUGUGAAGAUUCUGGCAUUGCUUCGAGGUUUGAAGAACAAUCCUGAACCUGUCCUGAAUGCCGCCGUGAACACCAGCACAUCCCAAGAAGAGGCUGCUACAUCCUCACAGCCUCGCUCGAGGAAGAAACCCCAUAAAAAGGGCAAGAAGGCCAGCGAGGCGGCGAUCUCAACGCCGCAGAAGACAGAGGCCCCCAGGACAGAGACCCCCAGGACAGAGACCCCCAGGACAGAGGCCCCCAGGACAGAGACCCCCAGGAGGGAGGCCCCCAGGACAGAGACCCCCAGGACAGAGAGCACCAGGACAGAGACCCCCAGGACAGAGUGCACCAGGACAGAGAGCACCAGGACAGAGGCCCCCAGGACAGAGAGCACCAGGACAGAGAGCACCAGGACAGAGGCCCCCAGGAGGGAGGCCCCCAGGACAGAGACCCCCAGGAGAAAGGCCCCCUGGACACCGACCACAGCCCCAUUGCCCGCUAGAGAUCCGGGGCCACCGGACCCUGUCCAACAUGGCACUGCAAGAACUUUGCUCCUGGGAAUCCUGGAUGAUCUGGGGAAGGACGAUCUGAAGAAGUUCAGAUUCCAUCUCAGAGAGCUAAAGAUGUGCUCCAAUGAUGCCAUCCCCCAGAGCCGGCUGGAAGACAAGGACCCCACGGACCUGGCUGACGUCAUGCUACAACACUACGGACCGGACACAGCGCUGCAGGCCAUGCUGCGGGUUCUACCGAUGAUCCCUCGCCAAGAUCUUAAGGUUGACCUGAAGCAGAAAAUGGGUCAACUGAAGCAGCAGUGUGGCCCAAAGGAAGGUUUGAGGAGAGAAGCCAACCAGGGGGAGAAGCUGAAGAACUUGCUAACUUGUGGAGGGAACUCUCUUGGCUACUAUAAUGAAUAUGUUGUAGUUGUGAAUAAGAGCGCUCCACAACAGUUGGAGUAUCUCCAGUUUUUGAAGACGUUGAAACUGUUCUGUGUUCUAGACUUCGACCCAAACUCGGCAGCUAUCGAUGGACUCUGUCAUUCCUACGGAGAAUCUCGGGUGGCCAAUAAGCAUGAGCCAGCUCUCUAUGUGGGAGAGACCGGGGAUGUGAUUAAGAAACUGAACCUUUACAAACAGACCAGCUGGGUGUUCUGCAAUGGACGAGAGGACCUUGACAGUGAGUCCUGCAAGGAGUUGGACUACAAGACUUGGUUCAGAAAAGCAUGUAGAGAUAUGGAGCAAUUGGUUUCAUUUGUUUGUAAACCAGAAGUUCUCUUACAGGGCAGAACUCUCAUUAUCUUUCUUCUGCUUUCCCCCGUGUUGAGUGAGAAAGACCCCAUCUUCGAUACGUACAACGCCUUCUAUAAAAACACAGAAGGAGAGAACAUUAUCAGUAUCUGUGAGUCUCAAAGCACGUUUGAGAAGUGGAGGCUGAUGGUGGAGGGGAAGUGUGACAGUGACAUCAGCCAGCAGGCGGUAUGGGAGCUGAGCCUGAGUGAGAUCAAUGGCACCGUGAUGGCUCUGGGACCCUUGGAUCAGUCAUCUGAUAGGCUGCUUCCCUCGUCUGACUCUUCCUUCAUUGUUCUGACGCAGAAGCAGAAAGACCUGAUGACCGCUCUUGAUAUUUUGUGUGUGAAUCAAUGUGAGAAAAUUCACAACGAACACAGCACAGUGUUCCAUGAUUUUAAAAUCAGAGUUGAAGAGGAAUUUUUCAGAGGUGGUAAAGUGAAAUGGUGGAACUUCUAUCUUUGUGAAAAGCCCAAAGCCAAGCCAUUCAUCAAAAGAGACCAAUAUGAAAAGCUGAAGCAAAUGAUCAAGUCUCAUUCAGAACAUUCUUUAGACGUGUGUACACUGCUGAACCUCUUUCACCAUCCCGGGUGUGGUGGCACCACCCUAGCCAUGCAUGUAAUGUGGGGCCUCCGUCGGCAAUUCAGAUGUGCCGUUUUAAAAGACAACACUUUGCCGCAGCCAGAGAUCGCCAUUCAGGUCAGAGAGUUAAUGAUGUUGAAAAAUGAGAAACCAUCUCCAGUUCUGCUGCUGGUUGAUGAUUCAAAGGACACUGUGAAUGCACAAAAUCUUAUGACCUGCAUCAAAAAAGACAUUGAGGAGAGAACUGUUGACACACCAAGCUGCCACGUUAUCAUACUUAACUGUGUUCGUUCUCAAAGCCCACAGGACCUCUACCGUCAACACUCCACACCAAGUCUGCUUGUCACUAGUUCCAUUACACCCAAAGAACAGGAGGAAUUUGAGGAAAAGCUUCUAGAACUCAGAGAAACUCAUACAAAACCUGAAAACUUUUACAGCUUCAUGAUCAUGAAGAGUAACUUUGACCCUGAAUAUGUUGAAGGUCUUGUUCAUAAUACCCUGGAAAACUUUGACUUCGGCACAAAGAAGGCACAACUUUUUGCCUUUCUUUCAUUAUUAAAAGCGUAUGUGUUUGCAUCUGAAAUCUCUAUCUCACUCUCCGAAGAGUAUCUAGGACUUAGAAUGUUCAACUGGAAUGAAGACAAUGUUCUGGAGAGAAUGAAGCCAUAUUCAAACUUUCUCAUCAUAGACCGAGAGGAAGAAUCGGGAGGGUAUAAAUUCCUGCGCAUCCUGCAUCACUCCAUUGCAACUGCCUGCAUUGAAGAGCUGGAGAGGACAUACCUCUUGAAAGUGAGUGACAUAAUUGUGUCCAUACUUCAUUGUGAUCUGUUUUUCACAACCAAACCCAAAAUCGGCAAAGGAAAUCUAGAACGAUCCAUUCAACGUAUGCUGACUCAACGGCAAAGCAGAAAAUAUGGGGAUGAAAAAGAGAAAUUUUCUCCCCUCAUAGAGAAAAUUCAUAAACAGCAGGGUAAAGGAAUGAUCCAAGACAUCUUUGCUAAAGCAUCUUCCCGGUUGGUUGAAAGUGCUUCUAUUCCACAGGCGCUGGCAAGGUACUUGUACCUCAACGAGCGUGAUUUUACGGAGGCGUUGAAUUGGGCAGAAAAGGCAAAGAAAAUCAAAGAAAAUUCCUAUACCGUAAAUACGAUUGGACAAGUAUACAAGAACCAACUAAAAUCAAACAUACCAAGUAAAAAGAAUGGUCCACCUUGUAAUCCAGAAGACUUGGACACAAAUAUUAAUUCAUCAAAGAAGGCUGUCGCUGCUUUUAAAAGAGCCCAAGAGCUGGCAAACAGAGAGGAUGAACUGAAUGAGGCACCGUGGGAUGAUGAUGAAUCUGAGGACAACGCUGCCAAAUCUUCAUACAACUACGCUGGCUUUGUGGGGGUGCUGGAGGUGGCUUUUAUGGUAUUUGAAAUGUUGAGCAGAUUACCAUUCUUUGAGGAGAGUGACCCAUCGAGAAAAAAAUACCUGCAGAAUUUUCUAAAAGAAAGUCUCCCCAUCACUAGUGUGCACAUGGAAGAUAAUGAAGUCAAUAACCGUUAUAUUCAAGUCAUCGAAGCCAAUAAGCUGUUUCUCAUUAGUCUCAAACCUGAGGUCAAACUAACAUUUGAAUUCCUUGAUUGCUACUUCACAUACAUAAAGGCAAGCAUUUCAGGAACAUAUCAUUCAAUAAAUCACCGUACCAUUUCUGAUAACUUUAAAAAGUAUGUGAUGCUUUUUUGUGCUUCACCUGAGGAAAGACAAAGAGAAAGAGACUGCAAUCCAAACCUCAACGUUAAGAUGCUGAUUGAGGAACGGAGAACAGUGCUUGAGGAGAUGCAUGCUGACACUUUCGCUGGGAUACUGCAGCACUUGGACAAGAGUGCUGACGCGGUGGAGGAAAUUGUAAAAUGCUACACCUACAUCCAAGAAAAUAAGCAGUUUGCUGACCAAAAGACAAAGGAAAAAAUCAAUUUAAUUUGGUCAAGCGUUAUACUCUACCUGCUGAGACCCAAAAGUAAAUAUGUGAAAAGUUAUAAUCAACUAUGCAAUCUUCUUUUGGAAACUCUGCAGAAUGUUUCAUUGGAUUAUCCCUUCCCUGACCCAUACUACCUGGCACUGCUGUUGUUCUGGCCUGUUUCACCACAACAAACAGAAAUCAGGACCUAUGUGACUGCAAUCCGAAAGUCCUCUCAGAAGCGUCUAUCUAUAUUGUUUCAAAAGAGGAGUACUGUUUCCCACUUUUACUUGGGGAAUGAGAAUGGGCUUGCAAGACUCGUUUCCAAACCAAAACUUGAUGAAUGUUUCACUAAGCUGCAUCGCAAUGACUUGGCAAAACUGUGGCUAACUGGGGACAUAUUUAGGGAAAGGGAAAUAACCAGCCGUCUUCAGCGUGUCACUGGACUCAUUGAGGUAGGAGAGGUGUAUGCCAUUUACGGAAAACUAAAAAUCCCAGUGCGACCAGCAUACAUUGGUACGACAAGGAGGGGAUUAAGCACAGAAAAGGUUUCCUUCUACAUUGGAUUUGCUAUCAACGGCCCCCUUGCUUAUGAUAUCCAGUUUGAAAACUAGCACCAGAAGGUCCCUCAAAAAUGCUCAUGUAAAGACUAAAGCCUUUCAAGAAGCUUUACAAACUUUACAUGUCUGGUUUGCAGCUCCUCUGAGUCUGAGCAGAAAUAAAAUAAUCUUCUUGUUCGCUAUUAUUUUAAAUCAUUUAUUCACUUCUGUAAAAUUACUCAGAGGAAAACACCCACGUUAACAGUAAUAAUAUACAAUAAUAUUGUUGAUUUUUUGAUUGCUUUGUUCAUGUCUACCUUUUACUUAGAUUUUACAUUGUAUCUUAGAAUAUUUGAAAGAGUAACCUUGCAUUGUGGGUUAUUUUUAAUUGUAUUACUGUAUUUUGUAAUACUUUUAAAUGCAAAUAGUGACAUUUGCAUUUUAGGAUAUUUUCAAGGCUUCCAUUAAGCCCUAGCCCAAAAUAUGAAUUGUUUCCAAUGCAAAAAUGGACUUCUCGAACAUGCUAGAUCCAUACCCUCAGAACUGUGGGGAAGCCGUGGAUGCUACGUCCAUAUUGUUUAGUCUGUUCUUGCAAUCAAUAACUUCGAAUGACAUAACUGGUUCAGUCAUUUGUACGUUGAACGUUGGUAUUGUGUACUCAUUAUUUUAAGUUGAUCUUGUAUUUUUCUUAAGAUACCGUAUGUUAUGUUUGACUUCUUCUUGAAUAAGUGUCUGGUUACUUCUAAUUUAGUUUAUUUUUAGCUUUUUAUUAUUAUUAUUUGUUAGCCCUUGUUAAAUCAUAUUUAAUCACUACUUUUUCUUUAUGUUGUGUUGAAUUACCUUCUAUGCGUUUAUAUUCAUUUUGAUGACUUUAUAGUCUUCAAAAUACACGUUUUCGUUUGUAUUUUUGGUAUAUCCCACUUUACCUCCCCAGAGCCCCUAGACAGUGGGAUUGUAACAGGCACCAUGGGGGGGAAUCAUUGUGACCAACAGUGAGUGUACACUCUUUGAACCAAUGUCCAUACAAAACAUGUAGGCUACAUAAUUAACAUGUGAAUAAAACAUGAUCUAACAUC